AUGAGCGCUAGGGUUCCGGUACAGCAACACUACAAUCUCAACUCUCCCACUUCCUUCAUCGACAGCCCUCUCCACGUCCUCAACACCGUCGACGCUAGAACCGCCGCCUCCGCCAUCGACGACAUCUCCGCUUCCAACGACCACGAUGCCUCCGUCGAUUGCAUGAAUGAAUCCCACAGGAACUGUUUACCACUACACAGUGUAGAAGUCGACGAAGAUCGGUCCAGUCUCGAAACAAGCGAAUCUUCUAGAGAACUUUAUGAUAUCAUAACCGUUGACGAUGUUUCGCCGAUUGAAUCAGCUAGGGCGAGGUUUAUUCAAAUUGUGAUGGAUCAUUUUAUCGAUGAUAGUCUGAUUGAGGUGUUUGAUUCUGAUGCUGAUUAUGGUGAUCAAGACAAGAUGAACAAGAGAAGGACUAGAGAGAUUCGAUAUGAAGGAGACCCGAAUUUUGCUCUGCCUUUAAUGUAUGUAGCAAAUAUGUAUGAGACUUUAGUUAAUGAAGUUAAUAUUAGACUUGCUUCCUUGAGUGGUAUUCGCGAUAAGUCUAUUGGUGUUGCUCUUGAAGCUGCUGGUGGUUUGUAUAGAACACUCGCCAAGAAAUUUCCUAAAAAAGGAUCGUGUAUAUAUAAGAGAAGAGAAUUAGCAACUUCAAUGGAGACGAGAACUAGAUUUCCGGAACUAGUUAUACAAGAAGAGAAGCGUAUUCGCUUUGUGGUAGUUAAUGGAUUAAAAAUUGUUGAAAAUCCAAAUUCAGUGCCUAUUGAUGAUGCUGAGUGGUUUAAACGAUUGACAGGUCGGAAUGAAGUAGCAAUCUCACCUAACGAUUACAAAUUUUACUCUCCACGACACAAGUAUAGGCGUGGCACAUCAAUUUCACUUCCAAAUAUCCAAGAUAUCCCUAGUUAUUCCGGAGCAGAAAGUUCUACGACAAUGACUAGCACUCAAGGAUUUCGCUCAGCACAAAAUCAGCCGCAAACCCCAAACAAACAUCACUUGCAAUCAGUGCCACAUCAACCUCAGUUUCACCCUGUUCUCCAGAGCAAUCAAAUUAUGCACCAAAGUCAGCAUGCAGGGCCCUAUUCUCAUAACCAUCAAAAUGGUUCCCCUUCACACCUAUCUGGAAUUUCUCAUUCUCACCAGCCAUCAAUAUCUCAACACAUGAAUUGCUUACAAUCAUUCACAGGUGGCCAUGUUGGAGGACGCAUGCACAUGCUGCCACCAAGUCCUGCAAAGUUUUGCGACGAAUGCGGGGCUCCAUAUUUGAGGGAAACGUCCAAGUUUUGCUCCGAAUGUGGUUCAAAGAGGCUAGGAACAUGA